AGACUGGUUUCAUGAAUGUAUAUGUAUACUUAUUUGUGUAUUUUGCAGUUGGUCAAACCAAUUUAAUGUUUAUUCAGGUUCUGAUGGACUUUCCACAACUUACAAUGACAUUGCCUGAUGGUCGUGAAGAAUCUGCCAUGAAGCGUACAACACUAGUGGCUAACACUUCAAAUAUGCCAGUGGCUGCUCGUGAAGCUUCAAUUUAUACAGGUAUCACUUUAGCUGAGUAUUUUAGAGACAUGGGUUACAAUGUCAGCAUGAUGGCAGAUUCAACAUCUAGAUGGGCUGAAGCAUUGCGUGAAAUCUCUGGACGGCAGGCAGAAAUGCCUGCAGAUAGUGGAUAUCCUGCGUACCUUGCUGCACGUUUAGCCUCUUUCUAUGAACGUGCUGGGAAAGUUAAAUGUCUUGGAGGUCCUGAACGUACUGGUAGUGUCACAAUUGUUGGUGCUGUUUCUCCUCCUGGAGGAGACUUUUCAGAUCCUGUGACGUCUGCAACCCUCAGCAUAGUUCAGGUUUUCUGGGGUUUGGACAAAAAGCUUGCUCAGAGGAAGCAUUUUCCUUCUGUGAACUGGCUUAUUUCUUAUUCAAAGUACUCAACGGCAUUGGAAUCCUUUUACGAGCAAUUUGAUCCAGACUUUAUAAACAUUAGGACAAAGGCUCGUGAAGUGCUGCAAAGAGAAGAUGACCUGAAUGAAAUUGUCCAGCUUGUAGGUAAGGAUGCCUUAGCUGAAGGAGACAAGAUCACCUUAGAAACUGCAAAGCUUCUGAGAGAGGAUUAUCUUGCACAAAAUGCUUUCUCCCCAUAUGACAAAUUCUGUCCCUUCUACAAGUCUGUUUGGAUGAUGCGCAACAUUAUCCAUUUUUACAAUUUGGCAAAUCAGGCAGUAGAGAGGGGAGCUGGUACAGAUGGUCAGAAGAUAACUUACAGCCUCAUCAAGAGUUAAGCUGGCAGCAUAACAGGCAUAAUUCGCCACACACCCCAGCGAAUUACUGUCAGCUUGACACGUGUCAUUUUUGCUGACUUUGCAGUCUGACACUGCAUAUUUCACUACACUGUGUAGCGAAUUAUGCCGCGUGACAUUUCGGCAAUUUUUACUGUUCCUGUGGCAGUCUAAUAAAUAAUUUGGUGAAGCGUGGCAAAAUGGUCACUGUCCCUAGUUAUUAUAUGUUUCUUGAGAAUAAGAGAUAAAGUAUGAUAUUUCAGUAUGUAUCUGAGCGAAUAAGUUUAUUGUAGAAAUUGAAAUUCCUUUGGGCAUGCGGAUUCUUGGAUGAACCUUAACGAGAUCGUGAUCUAUU